UGUUGUUUCUCGCGUGACUCGUGUUAAGAUUCCCGCGGAAUUCGCGGAACACGUGUUCUCGAAUCGACCCAUUUCGAUUACCGGGAUCGCGCGAUCGAGAGAACUUUUGUUACGCUCGUCGAUCGUCAUCGGUGGAAGUGUACUUCCUAUAGGAAAGGGACACGAACUGGAUGUGGCAAUCGCGUCCGGACCGGACGGGGGCGAUUGAUCUCGGCGGACACGCGUCUCAAAUGUGGCCGCGUUGGGGAAAUCGAUCGGCGAUCACGUCGCCGCCGACGUCGCUGUCGUGCCCGCACGUGAUCGAUACGCGAAUCGGACGCGCGGACUUUUACCGGAAACCGGUUUUCCACGCCAAGCGCGCCUCGCGAGAGAACGAUUUGCGAACAAUUUGAGCCGCACGGAUGUCGUGACUCCUAAAGGAAAAUUCGUCCACGACACGUAAGGAACUACCGUGGCAACAUACGCUCUUCUUUCCUUUUUUUUUUUUUUUUUUUUUUUUUAAAUGGAUUGUUGACCCUUCAGGAUCGUUAAAAGACUUCUCUCCGAUCUUCUUCUAUAAGAUCUUUCACAUUCACAUGCCGCUGAUUCAAAGUUAUUAUUUUGAACGAGAAAGAAGAAUGCACAUUGGCAUGCAGUUAGACAGGAGAGUGAGCAAUGACGGGCCAGGUAUAAUGCCUUACUGCAAUCGACGACUCGCCACAAGAAGAGCAUUGCCUCCGACUGACGAUGAACAAAGCAUAUCGUCGGAGGCGGAAAACACCUCGCCACGUGGGUCGCCGUUAAAUCGCGGAGAGAACCGCGUAAAUCGACGUGCUGUCGCCGCACAAAACGUCGCGGGGAGAAGGCGACGAGGAAACCUGCCGAAAGAGGCAGUGAACAUCUUGAAGCGGUGGCUGAGCGAGCACAAAUUCAACGCCUAUCCAAAUGACGUUGAAAAGGAGACGCUCAGCAAGCAAACCAGCCUCACGAUAAUGCAGGUGUGUAACUGGUUUAUAAAUGCUAGGCGACGCAUUCUUCCUGGAAUUUUGAAAGAGGCUGGUGAAGAUCCAAACCUUUACACAAUAUCACGUCGUACUCGUCGCGUAAACUCUAGCAGUCCCUUUCGGCAUGGUCGAAGAACUCCUCUCGAACCGAUUGAAGACGACACACCAGCACAAUGUAACGUAAAUUUUCCGCAACGUGGAUUGGAAGAGCCCACAUAUCGAAGCGAGGAUUGUCCGAACGAUUACGAGAGCAGUUUGAACGACUACCACAGCGAGGAGGAGCAUCCUUUGAUACGAUGGCCCAACGUAAUCGUUCGUCCUUACGCUGAGGCUCAAGUCGAGCAAUUAGACGGCGACGCUAUUUCUCAUCCGUAUGCUCGACGAAGGCCUAAUCCUUCAUCCAAUAUGGACAAUUCUGAGAGUUCUACCCAAGAAGAGCCUGCUGCAUACUGGAGCGCACCGCGUGAACAUCUAGUAUCGCCCGUCGUUCAACAGCACAUCGCAUAUCGUGGCCUGUCGACGCGAAGUCUUGAAAACGCUUAUUUUCACGAACACAAUGGUGAUUCAUUCAAUAUGCUCGUCGAACUUGCGGUAAAUUUACCAUAUGCAAUUUCUUUACCCAACACGCCUUCACCAGAGUCUCGUCUUUCGACGUCUUCCCCAUAUUCGUCACCUUCGUCUUCUGUUCCGUCUUCUCUUCCAUCAAUGGAAGAACCUUUACACUCGAGAGAUACAACGAUAUCGUAAUUAUCGUUACCAUUGAUAAUCGCGGCUAAAUGGAUAUGACGACGAUAUAAAAGGUAAAUAAAAGACAAAAGUUCCUCUCAAAAACCUAGCAAAUUAUUACACUUUUUAGAAAUUGUUACAGUUAUAUCAAAGCAAUCAUUAUAUCAGUCAUUAUCGUCAUGUUGAUCUCAUUGCUACUAUUAAAGGAUCUUCUUUCUCUAAGAGUUGAAAAAAUUAGGCAUUUUAGGAAUGUUUUAAAGGAAAACAUUGGACCAUAAUAGCGAAUGAAAGAAGAAAUCUAAUAAUAUAGACGCAAACAUUAAGAAAAGGUUUACAUAUAUUUUUAUAUGCGAAAUAUAUAUUAAAUAUAUAUAAUAUGAUUGAA